UUAUAAGAGGGGCGCCCAUCUUCCAGCCGCGUAGUCUGUGAGAGGUCCAGUGUCGUGCACGUCGAGAACCAUGAAGUCCCUGGUGUUGCUGGCCGUGUGCUUGGUGGCGGUGCAGGCGGCGCCGCAGCGGCCGCAGGACCAGCAGGCCGUCAUCCUGCAGCAGAGCUCCGACAUCAGCCCGGACGGGUCCUUCUCAUUUUCGUACGAGACGAGCAACAGCAUCCGCGCCGACGCCCGCGGCCAGCAGGUGGGACCCGAGUCCCUGUCCGUGCAGGGCCAGUACUCGUACACGGCGGACGACGGCACCCCCAUCCAGCUGCAGUACCUCGCCGACGAGAACGGCUUCCAGCCCCAGGGCGCGCACCUGCCAACGCCGCCGCCCAUCCCCGACGCCAUCCUCAAGUCCAUCGAGUACAACAGGCAGCACCCCGAGCAGGACGAGAGCCAGGGCCAGGGCCAGCAACAGCCGCAGCCCUUCAACAUCCGCCGCGGCUAGGCCGUGAAGAGGCCAGGAAGGACACCUGAAAGAGAACACCGCACCUGAGAGACGACCGCGUCUCAUUUUUGGCCACGGCUUCCCUGCCAGAAACUCUGUCAUUUUCAGACGCAACCAUCGGCCUGGCCGGGAGCUGGCCGCCAAAAAGGAUCAAAACUUCUGUGAUAGAAACUUGUUUAGGAGCCAAAUGAAGCAAAACUAUGACUUUAGUAUUUGGAGUUUGUAUUGGUGGUCAAAUUGAACACACAAUGGAAACGGCAUGCUCUUUCGGAAAUAAAAUAACAAGCCGUGUUCA